AUGUUGCAGCAUCGUACUGAAGAAAUCAACGUGGAUCUUGACACCGAUAAUGCGAUAUCUGUUGAUAUCUCCGAUGCGCUAUCGGAGAGAGAUAAGGUUAAAUACACUGUGCACACAAAGACUCGCCUUCCGGGUAUGCGCCCAGAAACCUCGGUAGUCCGUGAACAUGAAGAGUUUCUUUGGCUUCAUAGCGUUCUAGAUGAGAACGAGAGCUAUGCAGGGUUCAUCGUACCUCCGGCUCCCCCUCAUCCAGAUUUUGAAUCAUCUCGCGAAAAGCUCCAAAAGCUUGGCGAGGGUGAAGCAACGAUGACAAAGGAAGAAUUUCUGAAGAUGAAACAGGAACUUGAGCAGGAUUACCUUGCUCAGUUCAAAAAGACCGUAGCUAUGCACGAAGUAUUUCUGCAAAGAAUUGCCGCACACCCUGUCUUUCGACAAGAUACAAAUUUCAGAAUUUUUCUACAGUAUGAAGAUGAGAGGGAUGUUGACGAUUUUUUUGAGCACGAACGUAAUUAUCUAGUGGAAUACAACACUCACAUAAAGGAUGCGGCUUCGAAAGCGGAGAAAGUUGUGAAGUUGCGAAAAAGUAAGUUGCUUGAUGUGAUUUUCCUAUAUGAAAUUUUCCUUACCAUCUUAUAAAG